AUGGGAGCGGCUCAUCGAGUACCUGAAGCAAGCUCUUCGACCGCUCCCCCGGAUAGACAUGAUCAGCCAAGCAGACAGUCGAGUUCACGUCCACGCUCCAUUUCCCCCAAUGGUUCGACAUCUAAGCGGAUGAAAGUUGACGAAGAUGCGGAUGGCGAAGGAGAACUAGAAAUUGACGUACAAAAUGAUGACGCCGGUGCUGCUGGACAUUCGAAC